GACACCCUUAUUAUUCUGCUAUGAAACUUGUCACGUUUUCGUUCAAAUCGUAAAUGUUUUUACAAAAUAACCAAAAUUAACGAAAUUUCACUGAAAAAUGGCAUACUUAUUGGGUAUGGAAGACGAGCCUCUUGGCAAAGACGAGGAGGGACACAUUGAUUUCAAAGUCAACAAGGUUGGCGGUAAACCGAAUUGGGCGAGCGGGGAUCACCCAAAUCCUAUGUGUAAAUUGUGUCAUAAGCAGAUGCUGCUUGCUGUUCAAAUUUAUGCACCUCUUAAUGAAUCUCUGAAUCACAGAACAUUAUACCAAUUUUGUUGCUUGCAACCCCAGUGUCAAAGCAAAAAUGAAGGGUGGGUUUGCAUACGUGAUGAAACCGUUGAUACAUCAGUCACUUCUUCUUGUGAUAAACUGCAACCAACAGCUACAGCUUCGACCACUACCUGGAUUGAUGAUGCUGAUGAUUGGGGUGAUGAAGAAGACAUGGAGGCUGAUAGUGGAACCCCAAAUGAACAUGGCAGAAGUGAACCACAGGCUACCUUGUCUGUACAAAGUGGUAUUAGCACACUAACAAUUCAGGAUCUGGAUACUAAACCAUCAGAACUUGCAUUGCCAAAGAGUUUAGACACAUGUGAUCAUAUAACUAUUCCUUCAGCAGAAGUGGAAGGUGAUGAGUCUGUUGUGCCAGAUGAUCUUCCGUCUCAGCCAACAGUUGAUAUUAGAGCACUGUUUGCACCAUCAUCUGCUCCUAUUUCAGAUCCUUCUGGAUUACAGUUUUCAAGCUUUUAUCUUAAUGUAAGUGAAGAGCAUCAAGCAGCUGUUCUUUCUGAUGAAAAACUGGAUCAGCGAGCAAAAGAACUUUGGGAAGAGUACCAACGCCGAGAAAACUGUGAUUGGAAGAAUUUGCAGAAGAGCAAUAAAAUCACCCCAGGCCGAAUAGAUGAAGCAUACGAGAAAGUUCCUCCUAGUCAUGGUGAUCGAGUGGUCCAUAAAUUUAUCACUCAAGUACAAUCCUGUCCUGAGCAGUUAAUCCGCUACAACCGUGGAGCAAGUAAGCCACUUUUGCUCAAGCAGUUAACAAAAGACGAACCAAUUUCGAAAUGCAGGCAUUGCAAUGCACUUCUUGUCUUUGAGAUGCAAUUGAUGCCCCAUCUUAGUCAACUUUUGAAGUUAAAAGACACGGCCGGCGAUUACCAACCCGUGGAAAUAGGCACAGUGUUAGUCUUUACUUGUUCUAAAAGUUGUUGGAGCGGAGUUCCGUGCGAAGAAUACUUAAUUGUUCAAUCGGAAAUAUAUUGA